CACGAGAGGCGCAUGUUGAAUCAGCGGCUUGCUGUAGGUUUAGUAUUCGAACAAAUUAAAUAGAUAACACAUGUCGGUAUUUCACGACGAAGUUGAAAUUGAAGAUUUUGAAUAUGACGAAGAAACAGAGACGUAUUAUUUCCCCUGUCCAUGUGGGGACAGAUUCGCCAUAACGAAGGAGGAUCUUGAAAACGGUGAAGAAGUGGCAACCUGUCCCAGCUGCUCACUAGUAGUGAAAGUCAUCUAUGAUAAGGAUGAGUUCAUUUGUGGAGAAGUAAUUGAAGCACCAAAAACAGAAAGAAAAGUGGAGCUGGCCCAAAGCUGAGACAUGGAUGUAACUCCUAAUCCUUGACUCUGACAAUGGACUUUAACAUACGCAGUUCUCAUUUCAUAGAGCUACUUGCUGUGUUUCCAAAUACUUUGUGAGAAGCCCUGCCUGGACCUCAUGGACUCUUUUAGCACCAAGAUAUUGCACAUAAAGUAGCCUUCUGUUGGUUAUUUUUUUUAACUCUUUUAAAAUGGUUUCUGUUCUUAUUUAAAAAUAAAUUGUUGAGAAUUUGA